GAGCAAAACGCUCGCGUCUACGCGGCUUUAUUUUUAAUGCAAUAAAUAUACUACCCUACCUAACUCCUGCUGAUCUUUGUAUGGUUUUGGUGGUAGGCAAGUCGGCACCAUGCCGUCAAUGGUCAGCACCAUCGGUGGGACCAAGUUUGGCACGCCACAGAAGCUGACAGAUACAGUGGGCCGUCUCUCUGGCCGGCUGGCCAGGGGAAAAGGCACACAAACCAAAUGUGUAGACUCUGUGGCGGCCAGCUUUGCGCUCAGCACGAAGCACCGUCUUCUGGCGGUGAACCCAGAUGACAACGACACCCGCAGCCUGCAGGCGCUCGUACUGACCUUCGACUCAGAUGGAGAGAAACUGCUCAUCGGCACUGCGCAGGGCGCCAUCUACAAGGUGGACUUGCUGGCCUUCAGGUUCCACCUGAUGGCGUAUGUGCCUGACGAGAUCACGUGUCUCGUCGCGCUGCCGACUGAGCCCGAGCCUUUCGUGGUGGCCGGACAGAAGAACGGACACCUCUUCUCCGUCAACCAGGUGACGCACGAGCGGUCGGCGGACCGGCCGGCGCAUGGCGGUCCCGUGCUGGGCGUGUGUGCCACCACCUCCUCUGGCACCCUGUGCAGCUACUCCAAGACGGAGGCGUUCGUCUGGCGUGGCGGACAGCUGAAGAAGAUGUUCCAGCUGAGGCUGAAUAGCAGCGCGCUAAUUGUCAAGAUGAUCUACCUGUCGGACUCGGCUCUGCUGGGCGCCUUCGGUGACGACUCUGUGUACGUUUGGUGUCUGGAGACCCUUCAGGUCACCCACGAGGUCCUCCAGCUCAGUCGACAUCGAGCCGGACUCACCGACGUCGCUGCAGCUGAGGACAGUGACGUGUUUUACGCGGCCGGCAAGUCGAGCCAAGUGUUCGAGUUUAGCCUCGCCGAGGACCGCGUCACCAGGAUAUUCUCUCUGCCGGAUGGCAGUGGCGCCGUGGCGCACCUCUCCGUGUUCCCCGGACCGUUCUUUGGACAGAUUCUGCAGGUUCUGCUGGAGAGUGGCGUGAACAAGUUCAUUCACACGGAGACAGGACAUGUCGUACAGAGUCUCGGCCAUCCCAGGAUCCGAAUCGCGUCGACUUCCAGCAGUCACACGGGCCUCUUCCUGGCCUGCCUGCUGGCCACCGGGCACAUCUGCCUCCACCACAGCACCGGAGAGGUGUUCAGACGAAUCGUGCUGCCCGAGGCGUUCUACGACAACAAGCCGCGCGUCCUGCUAGUGGACGACUCGACGACGCGUGUCAAGACACCGGCAGUGGCGCAUCGUUCCGGCUCGGCAGCUGUGGCAGGGACCAGGAGAACGCCCAAGCGCGGCAAGACGCCACUGCUCAACACAGCCCGGCUCGGCCCGAUAGUGCGCGAGCACGGCGAGUUCCCGGCUCAGUACCGCCGGCUCGUGUGGCGCCACCUGCUGGAACUACCUGGUGCGCAUGCGCUGUACGUGACGGUCGCCGAGAGAGGGCAGCACCCGGCGUGGCGCAACGCUGCGCAGCGAUACCCGGUCCGCGACCCGGCCGUCGCAAAGGUGCUCUCCAGCACGCUGUCGGCACUGGCCUGGUGGUGUCCCCUGUUCGCCGAGGUCGAGUUCCUGCCCUACUUCGUGUUCCCGUUCUGUAACGUGUUCUCGUCGGACCCGCUCACCGCCCUGGAGAUGGUCAUCACCCUGCUAGUGAACUGGUGUCAGCGCUGGUUCGAGUUCUUCCCGUACCCGCCCAUCUCUGUGCUGGGUCUCGUGGAGAACAUGCUGGCGCACCACUGUCCCGAGCUGCUCAAACACUACAUGAAGCUGGGCGUGACGGCGCACGUGUACGGCUGGCCGCUGCUCGAGACCGCCUUCUCAGAGGUGUUUACGCAGAACGACUGGCUGGUGGCGUGGGACCACAUCCUCUCCAACCACCCGUCCUUCAUGCUGGCUGUUGUCGUGGCCUACAACGUCGUCUCCCAGGCGGCCAUCACUCGCUGCAAGUCGGCCGACGAUGUCACCUACUACUUCCGUAACCAGAACGUGGUAAGCGUGCGCCACGUGAUGCGACGGGCGUACUCCGUGCACGAGAACACGCCCGACGAGCUGCACGCGCGCCACUACAUGGACAAGUUCGAGCCGAUCGGGCCCAACGCCUACCCCGUCUUCAACAAGUACCCGACGUUCAUCGUCAACCAUCAGCUGGAGGAGCGGGAAAGGAUCAGUCGCGAGCACCAGACGUUCCUGGAGGAGCGAGGAGCCGCCGUGGAGCUGGCUAAGGAGCUGCAGGACAACCGCGUCAAGCGGCGCCAGUGGGCCGACAAGCUGGCUUACCUCAAAGACGCCGAGGCGGCACACCGCGAAAUGCUGCGCCAGUCGGAGGCCAAACUGGCGUCGCAGCGGCGUCGUCUGGCGGCCCUGCAGCGGACGCUCCAGCGGCGCGGCCGGGCAGAGCGCGACUCGGAGAAGUCGCGCGAGCUGCUCCGGCAGACCACCGAAAAGGAGCUGCUCAUCGGACGGCUGCAGGACGAGAUACGGAAAAAGCGCCAAGAGUCGGACACGAUCACGCAGCAGCUGAGAGAGGAGGAGCUCGAGUAUGGCGGUCCGGCCGGCACCGGUUCCUCGCCCCCCAGUCCGGCGGGGUCCGUGACCAGCCGCACGUCCAGUCGCCGGCCGGCAGAGUCGGCCGCCAGUCGACGCUCCGUGGCGACGUCGCCGCCGUGGCGCGGCCGCUCGACGCGGCGCCUCUCUCCGGUUCGCUCCGCCCUGCGCACGGCCCGCUCACCGCCCAGCUCGUACGGCAGCCCGUCGGCCGGCUCCUUGACCGCCUCCCGGCCCGGCUCGGCCCGUCUGAGUCCCACGCGCGCCACCGUGCCGCCCGUGAGCCCGCCGCGGCGGCGGCUGUCCCGCAGCCCGCCGGCCGACCCGCGCGCGCCUACGGCAUGCAAGCUGUCUCUUGCUUUCACUCUACGAGUGGAGCGUUGA